AAAAACACCCGGAGGGCACCGGGCUGGCAAAGGCUGUUUCAGCACCAACGCGACCCCCUUCUUAACAGAGCUUUCUUUGCAAAGACUCUUUUGCACGGAAGAUCCGUUAAGGCGUCGGGAGCGCGAGAGAGAGCAGGAAGGGGAAGAGGAGACAACGAAGAGGCGUAAACCAGGAAGUAGGGACACCGUUGCACUGGAAGGAGAGAAGGAUUUGGGGUUGUUGUCGUUGCCUGCUCAGAUCAUGGCUGCUAGGAACCAGGGGACGGAGCUAGACCUCAGUUGGCUCGCGAGAGUUCGGGUGAACCAGCCAGCAGUUCUGAGGCGUGCAGCGCAAAUUCAGACACAGCGGUCUGUGAAAAAGGAUUGGCAGGCAGCCUGGCUUCUGAGGGCCGUCACCUGCAUUGACCUCACCACCCUUUCAGGCGAUGACACCCCUUCCAACGUCUGCAGGUUGUGUUACAAAGCCAAGCAUCCCAUCAGAGAGGAUCUGUUGCAAGCAGUGAACAUGCAUGAUAAAGCCAUUACUGCUGCUGCUGUUUGUGUCUAUCCAGCGAGAGUAGCUGAUGCAGUCAAAGCACUCAGGGCCGCUGGCUGUGACAUCCCAGUAGCUUCAGUGGCAACUGGCUUUCCAGCAGGACAGACGGCUCUGAAAACCCGCUUAGAGGAGAUCCGCCUAGCCGUGGGAGAUGGUGCCAGAGAGAUCGACAUUGUCAUUAACAGAACCUUAGUGCUGACAGGCCAGUGGGAAGGCCUCUAUGAAGAAAUACGUCAGUUCCGUCAGGCCUGUGGAGAAGCUCAUUUGAAAGCCAUAUUGGGAACAGGAGAGCUGGGAUCGUUUACUAAUGUCUACAGAGCCAGUCUUGUAGCCAUGAUGGCAGGUUCUGAUUUUAUUAAGACAUCCACGGGAAAAGAAGCUGUUAACGCCACCUUUCCCGUAGGGCUUGUCAUGGUGAGAGCUAUUCGAGACUUCUACUGGAAAACUGGCUACAAGGUUGGGUUUAAGCCUGCAGGAGGCAUUCGCACCGCCAAAGAUGCCCUCAUCUGGCUCUCACUGAUGAAGGAAGAACUGGGGGAUGAGUGGUUAAAGGCAGAACUCUUCCGCUUGGGUGCUAGUACUUUGCUAGGAGAUAUCGAGAGACAGAUUUACCACCACGUGACCGGCAGAUAUGCAGCUUACUAUGACCUUCCUAUGGCUUAGACCAGUGACUAAUUCAUGGUGUAUGAAAGAGAGAAGAAAAAAGGAGGCUACACAAGAGAGGCUUAAGCAAACAACGUCCUUGAAUCCUUUCCUGCGACCAGGCCUAAGAAGAUGUGCUCAUGAAAGGAUUAAACUUUUAAAGAGCCACUGCUCCCAAUUCACAUUUUCACUGUCCUUAACAAGUGCCCCAAAUUCUAAGGCUGAAUAGGAGAAGUGCUGGAUUUUGAAGAUUUUUCCAUAUUAAUUUUGCUGCGUCUGUUUCACGUAUACAUUAAUCGUAGCAUUAAUACUAGGUGGGGGCAUGGAGUGAGGGAGGAUGAGCAAUGUUUGUUUUAGUCUAAAUGUUGUAUUAGUGUUUUUUUUUUGUGUGUGUAAGUGUUUCCCCCCCAGGCACACCCUUUGUGUGAGCUGCCAUAAGGGGGGGGGGACAUUUGACCAUAAGGCAGCACUGAAAUAAAUUACAGCGUGCCUUCCAAUAUCCAAAUGCACGCUGUUACAGGCAGUUCCGAGAGCCAAAUGGCUGAGAUAGUCUUUUCUUUCUGUUAAGUUGGGCUGCAGCAUUUGUACUAUCUUAUUAUUUGUGUGAACGGUUAGUGGCUGUGUCCCACUGGGUUUAUUCACAAAGUAAUGCAAACAGCAAGCCUUUAAAAAAAAAAAAAGUUUUUUUACACAACCCCACUUGUACCAUCACACCUAAACUGAAUUGCAAGUGACUUUUGAAAGUCCCCUGAGUCUCAGAAGCAGCUUCUGAUGUAUUCAGUGGGAGCCAGGGAGGUGUUGCUAGUCUAAACAAGACCAGAACGAGAGAUCCGUUUGUGCUAAUGAAUCUAACCCAGCUUUUCCCAACCUGGUGCUUUGGACUAUAACUCCCAUCAUCCCUCACCAUUCGAUAUGCAUGCUGGGGGCUGAUGGGAGAUGGAGUCUUAAACAUCUGGAGGGCACUAGGUUGGAGAAUGUUCAUUUGCCCAUGAUGUACUCAGGAGCACAGCGAUACAUAUUUUGCUUGAGUUAUUUUCAUCUUGAGCCAAUCAGGGCAUCAACAAUUUGCCUCUCGUCUUCCCCACACACAGACGCAUACAUGCACCUUGCAGCAUGCACUCUGUCUCACUCUGGAUCGCGCCUACCGUUUUCAAGCUUGUACUUUGUACAGGAUACCCCAACUUUUCCAGUUCCAUCUGGGUGCAUGGAAUUUGUGGACCAUUAAAACCUUAAAACAGUCCCUGCUGCACCCAUAUGCAGGUGCCUGCACACACAGAGCUUCCCCACAAGCAAGAGCUCCCCCAUUCGUUUAGGUGUUGGAGGGAAGCUCUGUAUGAGCAAUCCUAAUGGGCAUGCAACUAGUAUUCCCUUCUGUUGAAAGGGAAAGUGCUGCUGCUUUGUGCAGCCAUUGCUCUUACAGGAUCUCAGUGGAACUCUUGGAAUUCAAUGCACGGAUCUGUCCGCAAGCACCCUCCUCCCAUUUGCUUUUAAUUUUUCGUCAACUAACAAAGGAGGAAAUCAUGUACAAAUAUUGUCAAGAAUGGUUGCACAUAUGCCUUACUACUUUUUUCUUUUUUUUUAAAAAAAAGGGUUCUACUUUGUGAAAUCUUGUUUCAACUUUUAACUUUGCAGAAAUAAAUGGCUUGACAUUUUAAGAACGUAUGUUUAAAUAAAAGAAUAAUCUGCUUGGGGAUUGUUCUCCCAUUUCACUUGAGAUUAAUUACCGCGUGCGCACGCGACGUAACAAAAAAUAAUACUAAAAUCAUUACCUUUCUAAAGAUCAGGCCACUGUGAGCUUUUAUGCGUUAUUUUGUUGCUGCCUUCUGCUGUGGAAGGAAGUGGGACUCAGUUGCUGAGCAGACUAUCUUUUCUUUGUUAGACCUCUUGUUUCUGUCCCCACCAUCACAUGCAACGGCUAACUCAAAGGACAAAAAGGAGCAUUUGUUUGCUAGGCUAUUUA